AUGAGGGCGAAUGAAGCAAUCGGCUCCUCUGGCAUCCCCGAUGAUCAAUCCCGUCAGCGCUCGCUUCACAGCGACAUAGUGCUCUGCGACGUAAGCAUCAAUUCAGGACAGUGGUGGCCAAGAGCGACACUUUGUGUGGUGACCAAAUCCAGCUUUACUCGGAGUACAAACCAGCUCCUUUGCUCCUUUGGCUGCUGCUACGGUAAUGGUGCGAGAAGACUGGGUUGGCAAGAUCAAAUCAAGGCUCGCCUAACGGUAGCCAGUGGCCUGCAGCCUGCAGCCUGCAAGUUCGCAUUGGAUGCACAGUCAGUUUUUCUCCACACGGCAGGGUCAUUGCCGCUUCUGUCUGAAAUAUCCCUCGAAGAGGCCGUUCUAUUGCCCCAGACAAUCAAAGAAACCCGAGGUCAGAAGCCCCUGACGAAAUUUCGCUUCAGAGAUUUCCAGAGUCAAACAUCAGUAGAAGUUUUCAUACGUCAGAAUUCGUUCACUUGUGGACGAAUGCCAAUGGAAAAAUUUGACUUAUGA